CUGACAUGACAAGUAUGACUGUGACAACCCUAUUGUUAUUUUGACGCAUUAUGUCCUCUACUUUGUAGAUUGAGCAAUGGUGUAGUUUAAUUACAAAUAAAAUCUAUUUCCGCUAAUUAGAUUUGUGCGACACGUCUAUCAUUUACUCUCAUAACGCGCCAGCUAUCAAUAAAGACUUAAUUCGAAUUUCAAAAUGACGCUCGAAGGGAACAAGGACGAGGCUGAGAAAUGUAUCGAUAUCGCGCAGGCAGCUUUUUCUGCGGGGAAUACGGAGAAGGCAGAGAGGUUUUUGUUGAAAGCUGAGCGCUUGUAUCCUACGGCGCGUGCUAAGGAGAUACUGACGCGGGUGCGGGCCGCGGAGAGCUCGGGAGGUCGCAAGACUCCACCGCGAAAGGAACCUGCUGAAGAAGUGAGAAGACGUAAGGCCCCAACACACCAGGUGCCGCAGCGCGAGUACACGACAGACCAGCUGGAGGCCGUGCGCCGGAUUAAUACAAAAUGCAAGGAUUAUUACGAAAUUUUGGGCGUGACGAAGGAGGCAACGGACUCUGACAUCAAGAAGGCGUAUAAGAAGUUAGCGCUGCAGCUCCACCCCGACAAGAACCAUGCUCCUGGCGCCAGCGAAGCCUUUAAGGCCAUCGGCAACGCGGCGGCGGUCCUCACGGACCCCGAGAAGCGAAAACAGUACGACGUUCGCGGCGAGGAACCUCCAGCGCACGCCACACAACAUCAGUACUACGCGCGUGGUUUCGAGUCCGACCUCACUGCUGAGGAACUCUUCAAUAUGUUCUUUGGCAAUGCUGCGUUCCCCGGCGCGGCGGGCGGCGUGUACCCGCGCGCGGGCCGGCGCGCGCGCUCGCCCGAGCAGCGCGAGCACGCCGGCCUGCUGCAGCUGCUGCCCGUGCUCGUGCUCGUGCUGCUCUCCAUGAUGAGCGGCUUCUUCAUCAGCGAGCCCGUCUACUCGCUGCAGCCCAGCUCCAAGUACCCCGUGCCGAGGGAAACUGUCAGCCUUAAGGUGCCAUAUUACGUGAAGGACAAUUUCCAUACUGACUACCAAGGCUCGCUCAGAAGACUUGAGAUGGCCAUAGAGGAAGAAUAUAUAGUGGGCCUGCGCCACGCGUGCCAGCGCGAGCGCAACUACCGGGACAGCAUGGCGUGGAAGGCGCGCAACUUCGGCGACUCGAGACAAUACGCGGAGGCACAGAAACUGCGCACACCAUCUUGCGAAAAACUUCAGCAGUUCCACCGAUAGAUGGCGCUGUUAUCAACUUAUUAUUUUAGACAGUCGCCGAUAGAUGGCGCUGUUAUCAACAUUUUUAUUUUAUACAGUCGCCGAUAGAUGGCGCUGUUAUCAACAUUUUUAUUUUAUACAGUCGCCGAUAGAUGGCGCUGUUAUCAAAAUAUUUAUUUUAGACAGUCGCCGAUAGAUGGCGCUGUUAUCAAAAUAUUUAUUUUAGACAGUCGCCGAUAGAUGGCGCUGUUAUCAAAAUAUUUAUUUUAUACAGUCGCCGAUAGAUGGCGCUGUUAUCAAAAUAUUUAUUUUAUACAGUCGCCGAUAGAUGGCGCUGUUAUCAAAAUAUUUAUUUUAGACAGUCGCCGAUAGAUGGCGCUGUUAUCAAAAUAUUUAUUUUAUACAGUCGCCGAUAGAUGGCGCUGUUAUCAACUUUUUAUUUUAGACAGUCGCCGAUAGAUGGCGCUGUUAUCAACAUUUUUAUUUUAGACAGUCGUCGAUAGAUGGCGCUGUUAUCAACUUUUUAUUUUAGACAAUUGCCGAUAGAUGGCGCUGUUAUCAAAACUUUAAGAUGUAUUUAUUUUACUUCACAUCUAAAAUGAUAGAGCACUUUUCAAACAGUUCUUAGCGAAGUAUGUUUCACUAAUUUGCAAAUUAAUGUUUUGAAAGAAUAUUUUAGCCAGGUGAGGGGCAGACUGUAACUAGUGUUCUUUUUCCACUCUUAUAAAUAAUAUCAAAGAUAAUUUGAAAUAGAGGUGUAUUGUCAAAUACAACUUUGUAGCCACAGUGAAUUUACUGCAAUCUUUCGACACAAUUAAACUUUUAGAACGCCAUUUGACUUUGAUCCUUAUUCUUUCACUGAUAUUUGUUUAAUAUCAAACAGUGGCGCCAUCUUACCGGGUACAAUCUAAAGUUAUGGCGCCAUCGAUCAAAACGAUGCUGCCAUUGGCCUGUGAUCUAUUAGAUGGCGCCACUUUUUUGAUAUUUAACACAUAUCAGUAAAUAAGGAUGUCAAAUGUCGUUCUAAAAGUUUUAAUCAUGUGUCGAAAGAUGCCAGUAAAUUUACUCUGGUACAAAAUAUUCUUUCAUCCUCUAUUUCAAAUUAUCUUGGAUAAUAUAUAGAUAACUUCAUAACAUUAUACUCUGUAUCUUUAGGUAUUUAAAUAUAAGUAAACAAACAAUUUGUAAAUUUUCGGGUAGUAAUAACAUUUAUUGGUUAACCAACCAAAUACAAAACCGCCUGGAUCUGUCACUGAACGACCUGACUUUAACCUACAUUAUUUGAUCAUGUAAUGUUUACAUCUACCCUCAAAUGGCUCUUUAAGCCAGUUGAGGGUGGAUUUUGUUUACUUUUAUUUAAAUACCUAAACAUACAGAGUAUAAGUAGGUAAUAGGGAGUAUUACUCAAUGUUCAUACAUAAAUAAUAAUAAUAAAUAAAUAUUAUAGGACAUUAUUACACAAAUUGACUAAGUCCCACAGUAAGCUCAAUAAGGCUUGUGUUGAGGGUACUUAGACAACGAUAUAUAUAAUAUAUACAUAUUUAUAAAUACUUAAAUACAUAGAAAACACCCAUGACUCAGGAACAAAUAUCCAUGCUCAUCACACGAAUAAAUGCCCUUACCAGGAUUUGAACCCGGGACCAUCAGCUUCGUAGGCAGUGUCACUACCCACUAGGCCAAACCGGUCGUCAAUAUAUAAUACAUACUGUCUUAAACAGUUUUUCUGACGUAUCAAUCUGCCUCUUUAUCGCAAGAAUAUGCAAGUGAUAGAGAGGCGGAUAUGAAAUUUCGAUUUUCGUGUUUCGCGGUAGGCACUCAGGUUGUGCUAGAGGCGCCCCCUACGUAGAGUUUUGCGUAAUAUCCCCUAUUAGCACAAAAACUACGCACGCCAUCUUGCGAGAAGCAGCAGCAGAUUCGCCAAUAGAUAAAUUAAUAUUAUUUUCUGACAUUAAUACACAAAUUGACGAUGUCCAACAGUAUGCUCGGGUACUUAGAAAAAAAAAUAUAAAUUAUACUACGUCGGUGGCAAACAAACAUACGGCCCGCCUGAUGGUAAACAGUCUCCGUAGCCUAUGGAGGCCUGCAACUCCAGAGGAGUUACAUGCGCGUUGCCGACCCGAACACUCCGCACCCUCGUUGAGCCCUGGCAACCUUACUCACCGGCAGGAACACAACACUAUCUAUAAAUAUUUAUAAAUACCCACAUAAAUGCCCUAACCAGGAUUUGAACCCGGGACCGUGGACGUCAUAGGCAGGGUCACCCAGGCCAGUCAGGUCGUCAAUAGAUAGUGCUGUUAUUGAUCAUAUUCAAAGCUUAGAUGGUACAGUUAUCACGAGUUUUACUUUGAACGGAACCAAUAGAGGGCGCUGUUCCAUGGUUUGUUUUAGUAAGUAAGUAAGUAAGUAAAUAUUCUUUAUUGCACCACAAAGAAGACAAAUAAAAAAAAAACAGAUUUACAAUGUAAAGAAAGGUAGCAACAGGCGGUCUUAUCGCUGUAAGCGAUCUUUUCCAGACAACCUUAGGGUAGCAGGAUAUAAAGAACAGUAAGUUUUUAGAACAGGUAGUGCACUAAUGAAUUAGAGGAAUAGGAAAAUUACACAUACAUCAAGCAGACAGUACAUACAGUACAUUUACAAUUUAAAUAAACAUAUUUAUAUAACAAUACAUACCUAUAUUAAAAUAAAUAAAUAUUUUUAUAAAUAAAUAGUUUUACUACAUGCCAAAGAGAAUUUGAAAUAGAGAUGGAUUGUUAAAGAAAACUUUGUAGCCGCAGUAAAUUUACUGCCAUCUUUCGACACAUGAUUAUAAUUUUUAGAACGCCA